CCUCUGAUCGCUUGUCAUUGGUCCACGGCACGGCAACUCAGCCUCUGUUAUCGUGGCGCUGACAGUGUAAGGAGUCGAGAGACGAAUGCAAAUUAAUGUCUCCACCGCAGCGUGUGCGCUUGAGGAUUGUACACAUCUGAUCGGCGGCAUAUCGAUGCAUUUUGAGACGUGCUGUUGAGUUGGACUUGGAGCAAUAUCCGAGUUAUUAUCUCCGGGUCUGGUUUGGCGCUGCUGCUUCUCACCACACGUGUCUCCCCCUGCUGGCCAUGUGGAGCGUAUGCACAGUGCUGCUAGCGGUGGCUCUGGGUCGGGCCUUCGGCUCCGACCCCUCCAGGAGCACACCACACAAACAUGACAACAACCUGGAGAUCUACAAGCGUCUGUUUGAGACCAAGAGGAAGGAGCAGCUGAACGCCCUGAAGAACCUGGUGGAGCUCAGCGACGUCAACCAGCAAUACAAGAUCAUCGACAUCAUGCUCAAAGGACUCUUCAAGGUCCUGGAGGACUCCAAGGCGGUGCUGGUAGCGGCUAACAUGCAGCCUGAAGACCCCUUCCCCCUGGACGACAAGAUCAAAGAAGCCUACUCCCACGUCGUGGAGAACACGGCGUUCUUCGGGGACGUAGCGCUGCGUUUCCCCCGGAUCGUCCACCACUACUACGACCGCAACGCCGACUGGAGCGGCCUGCUGCGCUGGGGCCUGCGCUUCUGCAACCACACGGGGGUGUUCACCGGAGGCACCCACCAGCACGUCCUCACCCUGAUGUCUCAGGAGCUCGGUAUAACAGAGAAAACGCCAGACUUCACUAAUCCGUACCGUACCGAGAGAGACAACGUUCUUCACACAGCGGAGGCCUUCCAGAGGCUCCUGAGAGAGGAGGAGAAGAGGAGGAGGAAGGAGGAGAAGAGGAAAGAGAUGAGGAAGGGUCCCCGCAUCUCCCGCUCCGAGCUCUAGAGCAAUGUAGAGGGGAGAGGGAGGAAGUGAGGAGGAGAAGGAGCUCUUCACCUGAAGGAGGGGGAAGAGGAGGAGGAUCAAACAUGGAGACACUUGAGAUCAUAAAGAAUAUUUCUUGUGAACUAAAACGACAGAGGAGAGAUUAAGAAUUUGUUUGUGAUUAACAACCGGGUUUCUUAAAGAAAACAUUGCAUUGUGGGACUUUCGGUCUACAACCGUGUUAUGUUCACAUGGAGCUGCCUCCCUAGGGAAUUUAUUACUUAUCAAAGCUUGUUUUGGUACGAGGGUGAUGACUCUGUUGGAGGGAAUUGAUUGAUGUUACUUUCGUUUUAUUUAGGGUCCCAAGCAAUGCAAGGAUUCCUAUUUUAUGAAAAGUGUUCAGUUCUAUAACUGAAAUAAUUUGUUGAUGUGGUAUAAACUAAAGUGAAAACUCCAUCAAACUCCUGUUCAAGCAUUACAAUUAAUAUUUUGGUUCACACAAUUUGAUAUAUCAUUUGAUGUUUUACAGGAAAUCAUUUUUUAUUGUACAAAGUAUAUUAAAAUGAGACCCUUGUUGGAAUUUCUAAAUUGUAUUACGACUGUUAUAUAAAUAUAUGUAUAUUCAGAAAAAGAUUGCUGCAAAGUCAACUAACUAAGCCUACAACUAUCAUUUUGUUAUCCGAUUUCAUGGAAUAAAAUAACAGAUUGGACGUA